AUGUUCCACGAGCCGAGUUUCAUGCACCAUAUGAAGGAAGGUACAGCAUCCAUGAAACAUGUCUAUGGCAUGUGUGCAUUAGCUGCCAGGUUCUCGAAGAACCCAGUUUUCCAUGACAUGUCACCUUGCUCCCGGGGUCAAGUUUAUGCCUCCCAGGCCAUGCGGCUUUGUCGCCAAUGUACAGAUACUCCAAGCCUGGAAACAAUUCAGGCAUUGCUUUUAAUUGGAUACUUUUUCAGUGGUGAAGCUGACAAUCAGAGAAAACACAUAUACGUUGGACUCGCUCGGCUACACGCCGAAGCUCUGUCACUCUGGGGUUAUCCCAUGCAGUCAGUUUCUAAUGCGAUAAAUCGAGAAGAGUAUCGCCGAACUUGUCUCUCUGUUCGGAUUGCCACCCACUGGUCCGCUUCUGACAUGUUCAUGGAGCCUGAGGAUUCCUGCCACAGCUCAGAAAUGAUUCCAGAAGUAGAUGAUGUACUCUUUCAUAACCUGACUUCUGCCGAGUUGCUGCGGAAACCCCAAUUAGCACCCACAUUUCGGUGUGAUAUGUGGGCUCAAAUGGCACGGACGCUUGAUAUCUUCACCAAAAUUAAUGGAUUACUGAGACAGCUCAGCCGGGGCGUGAUUACUCUCGAUGACUAUUGCCAGGAGGCCCCUUUGCUGGAGGAUCGUCUCAACCAAUGGUACGAGAAUCUACCCGAGCACUUGACCUACAGCUACAACCACAUAAUUUUCUUCUUGGAGAGGCAUCUUGGCCGAACCUUUCUGUCUAUGCACAUUGGAUACUAUCAUUUUCGCCAGAUGCUCUUCUUUCCCUUCCUUAAGGCGGGUGCAGGCCGAGAUGCAACCACUACUGAACCUAAAGCAGCCAAAUGCAAUGAAAGCGCGGCUACAGUUUCGGAGAUCUUAAAUUAUGCCACCAGCCUUGAGAACUGUGAGUUGGACUACUUUAUUUAUGGACAUAUUGCUGUCGUCAGCUCUUGUGUUCAUCUCCACUCUUUACUCUUCAGUGAUGAUCUCUCGGAGCUCUUUAUGGCACGGCAACGGCUCAUCCUCAAUUUCAAGUUUUUAAUGAGAGUAAAAUCAUAUUGGCCUAUAGUGGACUUCUCUGUGUCUCGCCUACGAACUUUCCAGAACUCUUGCCGUAAUUCCAUAUCAGACCCAUUUGUUCUAGAUAAUUGGAUGGCCCGUUUCCUUACAGAACAUUCUUCUUCACUUGCAGAGAGACAGACGCACGACUCGAUGUCAUCGAGUUUCGGUGUUGAAAGGGUAUCUACGCAGUCUGCUGAGUAUAGCGAGGAGCUUCCUGGUAUUGCACAAAACUCGGGGACUCCAAAUACCCCCAAUCAUGUGGCACUGGAAGGAUCUCAAUCGAAGGGACCUGAAAAUGCCUGGGACGGCUUGUCUUAUCUUAUGAAUGACCAGAGCAUGACUAAUGAGGCUCUUGCUAAUAAUGCAAUUGACUGGCUAUUGAAAGACUAG